AAUCAAAAACAGGCUGACACCUCUCUGACAAGUGAAAUAACAAAUGCGUGGGUGUUUUUCUUUGCUUUUCAAGUAAUUUGUCUAGGAAAUAAAUGCGUGACACAUUAUCAGUUAAACAUAUGAGCAGUUAUCUUGUUGUCGUGUUGUCGUGAUCUUAAAAAUUCGGUGGAAAAGAGAAAAACAAAAAACAGGAAAAACCAUGAAAACGGAUUAUUUAUUUCAUUAGACGUAGUGUGCGUAAAAAUGUUCAUUGAUGAUUUUUCUCAAAGGACAGCAGUCACUGAGAAGUGUAAUGUUUUGCAACACAUGUUGGUAUAUUCCCUUCUCAGUAAUACAUCUAAAAGAAGAGUCUCAGUAGGGGAUGGUGGCAACCCGUCUGACUUAUAUAUUUCUGAAGGAGUUUACAGCUAUCGCCCAACUGAUACGUCAGUGAUUUCAUCGUAGAAAGCUCAUCGAAUGUGCUGGUCAGUUCCACCUAAACUUCCGGUUGACUCACUCUGAAAUCUCAUGGAAACAAAUGAUGGAUGAAUUUGAGAGUAGCAACAUAACACCGCACUUCAAAACAACGGUGCUGUUGUGAUGACAGCUGCCUGCUAGCCAAAUCGGUAGACAUUAAUUUACGUCAAUGUUUAUGUCCUCAAUAUUGGUCGUGGGAAAAAUAUGAACAAAGACUGAUUCAACAAUCAACCACAGCAGACUUUGUGUAGGCGGAUACACUUAGCAUAUAGACGAUCUGACAUUCUAGAAACAGCCACAAAGAGAUGAAAGAUUAACUCUCAGUGAGAAACAACCAAUCAGAAGACUGU